GUCAUCAAAAAGCGCCGGCUGGACCACGGGUACCUACCGUGCUACCGUGGGUACGUGAUACCUUACCGCACUUAGGUCUACUUUGUACCUGGAGAUCAUCCUCGUCCCGCUACGUAGACAAGCCAAUGUUCGUCCUGCGCGGCACCGCGGCUACCGGCCUUGUCUUGCCUUGGGUGCGCCACCGAUCUUGUGGCGGACCUGAUUCACUUUGCAAUAAUCUCCUUUUUUCCUCGAGGGUGUACUCUAUUCGUUCUUGGAGGCUUGGAGCUCAGCUGAUGAACGUCCUCGGCCGAACCACCGCCGCUACCGUCUAUCCAACGCUGUCGGAAAAAAGCAAUUCAUCACAUUACUUACAGCGAUACGGUUGACCUAGACGUCCGCAUCUGGACAAGAAUUCAUGCGGGUGGCAGAAGACUAUCGAAAAUGCUCAAGUCGACUCUCCCAUUAUGGAAAUGCAGACGACGUGGCCGUGGGAAAAGCAGCAAAGGUUAAACAUGAUUUCCACCUCAUCAUGAUGCGUGCGAACCACGACGCUGUCACAUAUGGAUGGAUACCCUAC